AGCGCCGCCUGAAGUCAACGACAAUCUCGAAGGAUGUGCAAAUGAUGGAGGGGCUGUUGUUGUGGGGAUGUUUUUCCACUUCCGUCCGAAGAAAAUCGCCAAAGGUCAACUUUAUCUCAAGUUACAGUAGCAUUCUGACAAAAAAAAAGAUUUGCGCACGCUCCAAAGCUAUAAAGCUAACUGAUGUUAGCAGCCCGGCGUUGGUUAGCCCGUGGAGCCGCUCAACGGGCUUUCAUCACCGCAGCGUCCGCUUAGCCGGGGAUUCAAUAGUUUGAUUCAGCCUGCCCACACGUGUUACUUUGGCUCCGAACAAAGAGCCUGUAGUGCUGAAGUCCAGCAUUCAGUAUGAUUCCCUGGCGGCGGUGAGGAAGCAUGGCGUGGAAAUUUGAGGCGACGAGACGAACGUGAUGACAGUAUGGUUGAUGGUGGAGAAGCUCAAAAUGGAAAAACGCCCGUGCAGGGAGGAGAACAUUGACUCAAGCGAGGCCCGGCAUGCCAGUGACAACUCCGAGGAAGCAAGCAGCUCCGAAAGCGAACCAGAAGAGCAGCAGCAGCAGCAGCAGCAGCAGAGGGUUCGGCUGAGCAGCAGGUGUAAGAAGAGGGAGCCCCUGGCCGUCGCCAAGCCCCACCGACAGCUGUGCCGCUCGCCGUGCCUCGACCGGCCCAGCUUUUCGCAGGGCAGCACCGCUCAGGACCUCCGCGAUGACGACGGCGCCGGCUGCGCGGCAGCCACCAGGCUGGCCAGCGACCGCGAGUACCAGACCAAGAUGGACUUUGCGUUGAAGCUGGGCUAUUCGGGGGAGCAGGUGCAGACGGUGCUCAACAAGCUGGGCGCCGCUGCGCUCAUCAACGACAUCCUCGCCGAGCUGGUGAGGCUCGGGAACAAAGUGGAGCCGGAGGUCCAGCCCUGCAGCGGCGCCGCGGCGUCCAUGUCGCGGCCCGCUUGUGUGAAAGAGGCCGUCAGCCCCGAGGUGUCGGUGGAGGAUGAGUCCCCGGAUACGUUUGAUAACCUCCGGCCCAUCGUCAUCGACGGCUCGAACGUGGCAAUGAGCCAUGGAAACAAAGAGGUGUUCUCGUGUCGUGGUAUCCAGCUCGCUGUGGAAUGGUUCUUUGACAAAGGACACAAGGACAUCACUGUGUUUGUCCCAGCCUGGAGAAAGGAGCAGUCGAGGCCCGACGCCCUCAUCACAGAUCAGGAGGUAUUACGCAAGCUAGAAAAAGAGAAGAUCCUGGUUUUCACCCCAUCUCGGCGAGUUCAAGGCCGGAGAGUGGUGUGCUACGACGAUCGCUUCAUAGUGAAGCUGUCUUUUGAUUCUGAUGGAAUUAUUGUGUCAAAUGACAACUACAGGGACUUGCAAAAUGAGAAACCGGAGUGGAAGAAGUUCAUAGAAGAGCGCCUCCUAAUGUACUCGUUUGUCAAUGACAAGUUUAUGCCGCCCGAUGAUCCCUUGGGAAGACACGGCCCGAGCUUAGAAAACUUCCUCCGCAAGCGUCCUGUGGUUCCAGAGCACAAAAAACAACCUUGCCCCUAUGGGAAAAAGUGCACGUACGGACACAAGUGCAAGUACUACCACCCAGAGCGCGUCAACCAGCCGCUGCGGUCGGUGGCCGACGAGCUGCGGGCUUUCGCCAAAUUGUCAGCGGUGAAGACGAUGAGCGAGGGGGCCCUGAUGAAAUGCGGCGCCGGCCCGGCGGUGGCGGCCAAGGCCGACGGCACCUCCGAGGUGAGGCGCGUGGCGCCCAAGCGUCAAUCGGACCCCAGCAUCCGCGCGGUGGCCUGCGAGCCUCCCGCGGCGCUGUCCGUCGCCAGGAAGUCCGAGGCCAAUUCAGUGCCUUCCCUUGUGUCUGCGCUCAGCGUGCCCACCAUGCAGCCCGCCAAGAGUCACGCGGCUGGCGCCCUGAACACGCGGUCGGCCAGCAGCCCGGUGCCCGGCUCUCUGCAGUUCGGCCACAGCUCCCUUGAGCACAUGUCCAGUGUACAGUACCCCCCGAUUUUAGUGACCAACAGUCACGGCGCCUCCAUCACAUACGGGGAACAGUUCCCAAAGUACGACUCGGUGAGCGACCACGGAUACUACUCGCUGCACAGUGAUUUCUCCAACAUGAGCAUGAGCAGCAUGCACAAUGUGGACAGUUUCUGUAGCAUGGAGCACGAGCACGGCGUGUAUCAGAGGAAUCCCAGCCACUGCCUUGAGUCCUGCCUCAGCCAUUCAAACAGCGACUCCUUCUCCUCAUACGGGGACAUGUACCCGAGCUCCAUGGAUAGCAGCUUGGAGGAGAGCAUGAAGGGCCAGCAGCAGCAGCAGCAGUCUCCCGCGCAGGGCAGGAUGCAGGCUUUCUCCCACGGCUUCCGUCACGAAGCGCUGACUAGGGUGCAGAGCUACGGGCCCGAGGAACCCAAGCAGGGCCACCGCAAGCAGCCCGGAUCCCGCCUGGCCCCGCACAUCCAGCACGUCGCGGUGGGGGCCCGGUCCAGCUGUCCCGGGGACUAUCCCCUCACUCAGAACGUCCUCCCACCUUUGUCCUCGCAGCCCACGCGCUCCCUCGGCAUGACUCGCAUGGACAGCAUCUCGGAUUCGCGGCUGUACGACAGCAACCCGAUGAGGCAGAGGCGACCUCCGCUGUGCCGCGAGCAGCACGCAAGCUGGGACCCUCUGCCUUGCGGCAACGAGUCCUAUGGCUAUCACUCGUAUCCGCUGAGCAACAACCUGAUGCCGUGCUGCGAGCGAGUGAUGGUCCGCAGCAUGCCGGACAAAAUGGAACAAAUCUGGAACUCGCCGUGGGAGAUGCCGUCCGCAGCCGAGCACCAAGAGCGGUACGUCAUCCCAGACCACCAGUAUCAAACAUAUCGGAACCUUUGUAACAUCUUCCCUGCUUACGUAGUCCACUCGGUAAUGGAGAAGAACCCUCAUUUGACAGAUCCGCAACAACUCGCCGCCAUCAUUGUUACAAAACUGAGGUCAUGCCAUUGAGCAGUUAAUGUUAUUAAACAUUUUUAAAUAAUGUGAUAAGGGGCCAUACAGAUUUUGCCCUAGCUGCAUGUGCAACAUCCGCCCGCCCUCAGGAGUUUUUUUUUUUCUUCUUUUUUUAUAUGUGGCGAAAUAAUAUUUUACAUCUCUAAGAUGACGUAGAAGAAAUCGGCAUAAAAGAGGUUUGUCCAAACAGUUUAUCUGAAAUUGUGAGCUGUUUCAUAGCUACGUUUUUAUAUGAAGUGUGGUACAGUAAAGCUUAUUAGAAGUUUGCUUCACAACACAUUUAUACCUGAGCAGGAGCUGCAUACCCAAUAUUUUCCUUAGUUUUUGUUCUAAUUCUGGAAAAUGUAUACUGUAUACAGAAUACUCUAUCAACAUUUAGCAUUGGGGUUAAAUGUCCACCGGAUCAGAGAGAGGGUGGACAGAGAAAAUCUUUUGAUUUGAUUUAUUACAUUCAGUAUGAAAAGGAUCUGGUAUGAUAGGAUAUUUAUGAAAUAAGUAACCACAGGAAUAUAUGUUGUAAAGUACAGCAAUGAAACAAUAAUUCACAAUUCAUUUAAGAAAUAAUUAGCUUUGAUUUUUUUUUUCUAUUUCUAAAUUCAUUCAAGAAUGUCAAAGAAAAAAAACGUAAUUAAUAGUGCGUAAUUUCCUGAAACAUUCACAAUUGAUAAUGUCACUUUUAAUGAAGAUGGUGAUGUCACUGGCCCGUUACCCAAUCAGAUGCCUCCUGCCCUGCCUCUAGAUUGGAACUGUUGGCAGUGCCAUUCAGACCAGCUAGCAUUAUAGCCACAACAAUAACUAAUUUGGGGCUGCUGCUUGAAAUAUACACAGAAACGGUUCUCCUUUAAUUUAUUAAACUUCGUAUGGCAGUGUUUCUAUACAGAGAUUCUUUAUUACUCUGCAUCAAAAUGUGUUUACGGCAGCAGGUCAGAGCUGUGUUUUGACUUUUAAGGAUGUUUGCGGGUGAGCUAACAGUGUUAACACCGGUUUGUCACGUUGAUGCAGAUUAAUAAUCUAAGCCAGCCAACGUGUAGAUGGGUAGUAUCAGCAGUACCUCAAUAGCUACAAAAAAGUUUGGUAAAUGUGAGUGUGUGCUGGCAUCACUUAGAGUAGACAUUUUGUUGAUUUAAGUGCAACAACAACAACAACAACUCUAUGUUGACUGGUCAAAUUUAGAAGCAAUUGUUGGGGUUGUCGUUGGUGACGUGAGGGUGCUGUAACAGCGCCAAUGUCAUCAAAAAUGGCUGCAUGAAAUAAUGAGUCAUCGAGUGAUAUGAUGAUUAUGUGUCAUUGAGAAAAAUGCCAUUGUGAAGUAAGUACUUUUGAAUAAACCUAUUUCUAUAAUAAUACAACUCGAUAUUCCUAAAAGUAUUUAUAAAACAGGAAUAAUGAGUUAAUACUUUAUUAAAAGAUUAAACAAACGGUUGGUUAAUUUAUGUUUAACAUAGUUUAAUCCAUACAUUUCACUUUAAUUGAAGUAAUACUCACUACACUACUAACAAUAGUGACCGGUUGGUUGACCAUGGACCAUUUGGAUCUAACUUUCAUCAUAGUUUUAAUAACUUACUAAUAUAGUAAUCUAGUAUAACUCUGAGCCUUGUCUUUAUGUCAUUGUAUUGUCACUAAGUGGAUGGGACCUGAUAGGCAACAUUUCCCACAUUUCACUCCUUGAAUCUUGGCUACAGAGGAAGUAAACAUUUGGACACAAUCUCGCUUUUAUGAAGCUCUUGUUCAGGCUCUGAACGUGUUAUGAAAGGCAUCUAAAGUGUUUCUGGUGCAGUUGAACUAUAAAUAACCUUGCUUAGGUCUGCCUCUGCUGUAAAUAAUUUGUGGCUUUUAUUUUAAAGAUAAGUAAGAGGGAGGUAGUGACAUACCUCACAGCAUGAACUAUGACAUUUAAUGGCCUUAUAUCUGAAUGACCUCACGCUUUAGUCAUUGUCUAAUUGGUUUCAAUGAAAGUCUUUGUCGUUGAAGCCUCCUAUUUUCAAAUGUAAAGCACUAUCUCAGUAUUUAAAGAGAUAUAUUUUCUCAGCCUCACUUAACAAAGCUACUAUUUUGGUAGAAUUUAACAGUGCACAAAGCAAGCCAAAAAAGAGAUUUGACUUCUAUACACGUGCACAUACUGAUGUACAUAUAAUCACACAGAAGCCAUCGUUUCAAAGUCAUUUAUAAGCUGCUAAAUAAUGCCAAAAAAAGAGACUUUAUCUAGUGCCCGUAUUCUACAUACCUUGGAAGCGAUUGGAUUACAACAUUUACUCACAUCUGUUUUGGGUUAAUUUCCUAUAGUGUUCUGUAUAGUUAUCUCUCUGAUUUUAUUGGAUGCUACUUCCAAAACCUUUCAUAUAUAUAUAUAUAUAUAUAUAUAUAUAUAUAUA